AUGGCCUCUCUGCCGGUCGGAUAUAUGAUGCGGACAUAUUCAAGCAUGGUUCAUUUGCGGAAGGCAGUGGAUGAGAUCCAAAAUUGUUACGAACAAGAGAAGAGUCACAACCAAUGGCUUGUUGAGGGCACAACAGGUCUCAUCAAAGUUGUUCCUAAUGAGCCCCACGACACUCUCACUCGGCGAACCCAGCUUACAAUCCACCACGCAAUGCUUGGUAUGGGAAUGAAAUGGCAUGAUUUCCAGUGGAUGGGAACUACCACGUAUCGCCCAGCUAUUGGAAAAGGUAAACAAGCUGACGAUGCAUUCGUACCGCCAUCACGAUGGGAUUCCGAGGGAAUCUCACAACUCAGAGGUGACGCGGCGAAGUGGUUCGCCGACUCUCAUGGGGAAGUCAGGAUUGUCCUUAUCAUUAGCAUUAAGGCCAAGUGGGUCGACAUUGAAAAGUGGCAGUUGGCUCCCGCAAACUCCCCUCGACCAUUGACAGAAGCAACUGUGGAGAGUCUUUGUGCCCAGGCCCCGAACAUGCCGCCAUUAACAACCCAGCAACCACUUAAUCAACAGUCCUAUUGUGCACAAGAAGUCCGGGCUAGUGAGAACGGUAUUUCAGGCGCGCCGUUGAUCCUCCCCUUCGAGGCCCUAUAUGACAGGGCCCCGGCAAAUGCCAUGGAGAGCGAUUUGAUUAUCUCCGAACAAGACCUGAUCAAUAUUACCAAACUGUACUGGUGA